AUGCUUUUGCUCAUCAUAUUCCCCGUGCUCAUGUUGCUCUCCAAAACUUCGGCCAACUACCAAGUCCUCCAUCUCGCCGAUUUCCAUCUCGAUUUGCAAUAUUCGAAAACCGGAAACAAUCAGAAAAUGUGUCACGAUGAUGGUGUGAAGAGGAAUUCGACGCUUGGCGAUUUUGGUGAUUAUAUGUGUGAUGCGCCGAAACCAUUGGUUCAGCAUGCGAUUGAGGAAUCCGCGCGGCUUUUUCCGCAUCCGGAUUUGAUUUUAUGGACUGGUGAUAAUGUGCCGCAUAUUGAUGGAUAUCAGUGGGAUUGUGAGUUUUUUUUGGGGCAGAGGGUUAUAAAAAGGGGGGGGGGUUGGGGAAAUAUGCGGAAAAUUUGAAAAAUGUUGAUUUUCUUUAAUCUUAAAGAGCCCGAGUUCAAAAAAUUAAUCACUGGUUACAAGCUCGAGUACAAAUUAUUGACAAAACCUAUCAUCAUAAUUAUAAUCGCAUUCUCGUGGAACUUUAAAGAUCUGCUCAGAUCGAAAAAAUCGAGAAAUAAAUGCCUUUCUCCGUCUCUUUAAUUUAUAACUUUUUGCUCAUAAACAAAUCAAAAAAUUGAUUUCUCCAGGUGUUAUUCCGCGCUCAGUGACAAAACAACAUUUUUUUUUUGAUUUCUGAGAAAUGUAUUGGACAUAUUUGGAUUCACCUGAAUUCCUACGCAAUGCUCUUUAUUUUCUGAGUAUUCUAGAAGUUCCAAUUCAUAUUCUUGGUUUUUAUUGUGUCAUUUUCAAAACUCCUUCGAAAAUGAGAUAUGUGAAAUCGUCAAUGAUUCAAUGUUGUGUUUGGGGUGUUAUUCUAGAUUUUGCUUUAAGUUUUGGCACAAUUCCUUAUGUAUUAUUUCCCACUUUAUCUGGACAUCCUUUAGGAAUUUUGUCGAAUUUUGGGAUGCCUAUAAAAUACCAAGUUAUUUUAAUUGUUGAGUUAUUAGUUGGAGUUGGUUGCUCAAUUAUCUGUAUUCUAGAAAAUCGUUAUUCCUGUAUCAUUAAAGCUACAUCAAGUCUCAAAAGUCAUAUAAAAAUUUAUAUAUUGAAUUCUAUUUUCGCUAAUAUUUUUAUCUAUCAUAUUUUUUCAAAUUGCCCGGAGCAAGAAGAAGCGCGGAAUAUAGUUCUAUACGAACUUCUUCCACGAGAUAUUCCUUAUUAUUUCUACACUGAUCCGAUAUUUGUUGUUUCUUUGAAUAGUUUACAAAUUGGAAUGAUAAUUCUUACAAUGUUUUUGUUUUUAUUCAUCCAAUGUGUGGUUUUUUGUUGCUGGAACGAUUUAUAAGUUAUACUUUCAAAAAUUGAUUCGAAAUAUAUCUCGAAACACGAAAAGAAUGCAAAACAAGUUUUUCGUUUUGAUUUGUAUCCAAUUUUCAAUUCCAAUGAUUGUUUUAGCUUUUCCAAUUUCCUAUAUUGUUUUCAGCUGCUCCACGUUUUAUUUCAAUCAAGGUAAAUUGUCUAGGGAAUAGAUUGGUUGAUCAAAAAAUGUUAUUUUGAAGCUUUCAAUAAUCUUGUUUUCAUCCUAUUUUCGUUGUAUGGUGAUUUAACAACAAUUUCGAUUAUUUUAGUGCAUUCAGCUUAUCGGAAAGCACUGUUUUCGAGUUUUAUGAAUGCCAAAGCUCAAAGAAAAGUGGCUAUACAACUAUCAUCUGUUUUUAGAACAUGAUAAUUUGAUUUGAAAAUGUAAUGUUUUGUCUUCUGAACUCUUGUAUUCACAAAAAAAUUGAUUUUGACAAUCUCGAUUCAAUGAUCACCGGUGGCAGCAGUAAAUAUUUUUUGCUCGAAAAAAAAUGCAUCGAGAAAAUUUUCUCAUUUCCUGAAUUGUAGAUGUUAUUCAGAUUGUCUCGAUGAUGAAUAUUCUCAAAACCAAACAAUAUUCUCUUCCUUGUCAUACAAAGAAAUGUCUUGGGCAUAUUUCGGUUCUCCCGAUUUUCUCAAAGCUUCUCUACAUUUCAUAACCAUUUUUGAAAUUCCAAUUCAUUUCCUUGGAUUCUAUUUUGUUAUUUUCCGAACUCCGGUGAAAAUGCAACAUGUGAAAUCGUCAAUGAUUCAAUGUUGCAUCUGGGGAGUUGCCCUAGAUGUUGCUUUGAGUUUUGGCAUGGUUCCUUAUUUAUUGUUUCCAACAUUGUCAGGACAACCUUUGGGAAUAUUAUCUGAUCUCGGAGUCACUUCGCGUUCUCAAACUAUUUUAAUAUUUGAGUUAUUGAUUGGGGUUGGUUGCUCGAUUAUCGGAAUUCUUGAGAAUCGAUUCGCUUGCAUUAAAAAAUCUAGCAAUAGCUAUAAAAAUCAUUUCCUCAUAUAUUUCAUCAAUGGUCUAAUCGGAAAUGUUUUCGUCUAUCUAAUUUUUACAAAUUGUCCGGAACAAAAAGAAGCUCGAAGAAUAGUUCUAUACGAACUUCUCCCUCCUAAUCUUCCAAGUCAUUUAUACACCGCUCCAAUAUUUGUUGUCUCCUUGAAUCGUUUCCCAAUCGUUCUUUUUAUGCUGGGAGAAUUUUUGGGUUUGACAAUACAAUGCUUGUUUUUUGUUGCUGGAACGAUUUACAGAUUAUACUUUCAAAAAGCUAUUCGAAUUGUGUCUCAAAACACGAAGAAAAUGCAAAACAAGUUUUUCGUUUUGAUUUGUAUACAAUUUCUGGUUCCCAUGAUUGUUCUAACUUUUCCUAUGGUUUAUAUUGGUUUCAGCUGUACCACGAUGUAUUAUAAUCAAGGUAUUUUUUAAAAGAUUCUUUGUUGAUACAAACUUUGUAUUUUUGAAGCUCUCAAUAAUCUUGUUUUCAUAUUAUUCUCAUUAUAUGGUGUUAUGGCAACAAUUUCGAUUAUUUUAGUGCAUUCAGCUUAUCGGAAAGCACUGUUUUCGAGUUUUAUGAAUGCGAAAGUUCAAAGAAAAGUGGCUAUACAAUUAUCAUAUGUUUUUUCAAAUCAUUAG